AUGAGUUCAUCAAAACAAUUGAAAGAAGAAGUUGACAAAAUUGUCAAAGAUUUCACCGUUGAUGAAACAUUGCUAAAAACUUUGACCGACUACUUUAUUGAAAGUAUGGAUGCUGGUUUAUCUCACAAGAGUGAAGAAAAAUCAAAAGGUUUACCAAUGAUUCCAACUUAUGUCACCAGAAUCCCAACUGGUAGAGAACAUGGUACCUUUUUAGCUGCUGAUUUAGGUGGUACCAACUUCAGAGUUUGUUCUGUUGAUUUGCAUGGUGAUUCAACUUUUGCUUUAGAACAAUCAAAGGCUAAAAUCCCUGAAGAUUUGUUGGAUGGUACUUCUGAAGAAUUAUUUACUUAUUUAGCCAAGAAGGUUAAACAAUUUGUUGAGAGACAUCAUGCUGAUAAAGUUUCAACUGAUUCUGAAAAACAUUUGAAAUUGGGUUUUACUUUCUCAUACCCAGUUAAUCAAACUGCUUUAGAUGCUGGUACUUUGAUUAGGUGGACUAAAGGUUUCAAGAUUCAAGAUGUUGUUGGUAAAGACGUUGUCCAAGCUUUGCAAACCGAAUUGGAUAAACAAAGUGUCCCAGUUAAGGUUGUUGCAUUGGCUAAUGAUACCGUUGGUACUUUAUUAAGUCAUGCUUAUGCUACUGGUGCUUCUCCAAAUGGUAAACAAGGUGAUACUGUUAUUGGAGCGAUAUUUGGAACUGGAACAAACGGAACCGCUACAUUUCCAUUAGAAGAUAUUCAUAAAUUAGACCCUGAAUUGGUUAAAGAAUUGAAGGCUAAUGGUGAAACCCAUAUGAUUAUUAACACUGAAUGGGGUUCAUUUGAUAAUGAUUUAAAACAUUUACCAAACACCAUCUAUGAUCAAAGAAUUGACGAGGUUUCCACAAACCCAGGUUAUCAUAUGUUUGAAAAGAGAGUCUCAGGUAUGUUUAUGGGUGAAAUUUUAAGACAAGUUUUGGUUGAAUUACACUCUAAAGGUGUCAUGCUCCAACAAUACCCAACACCUGAAAGAUUACCACACAGAUUAAGAACCCCAUUUGAAUUGGAUUCUGAAGUUUUAUCACAUAUUGAAAUUGAUGAUUCCUCUCACUUGAAGGAGACUGAAUUGUCUUUAUUACAAUCUUUAAGAUUACCAACCAUUGAAGAAGAACGUACAGCUAUUCAACAAAUUGUUCGUGCCAUUUCAAGAAGAUCUGCUUACUUGGCUGCUGUCCCAAUUGCUGCUAUCUUGAUUAGAACUAAUGCCUUAGAAGGUUACCACAAGGAGGUUGAAAUUGGUGUUGAUGGUUCAGUUAUUGAAUUUUACCCAGGUUUCAGAUCAAUGGUUAGACACGCUUUAGCUUUAUCUCCAAUUGGCCCAGAUGGUGAAAGAAAAGUUCAUAUCUGUAUUGCUAAAGAUGGUUCAGGUGUUGGUGCUGCUUUAUGUGCUAGUACCACCAACUAG